UUUUACCGACAGCUUUUCAGCUAUGGUGUGCGCGAUCGUAAGCGGGGGACUGUGAGUGCCCAGCUGAGGGGGGAAAGUCGUGGGGGGGGGGAUAAACAAAAAAAAAAGGAAAACACUUUCAGGGCGGGGAAAGUGAAUGAUUGAUCGUAAAAGGAAAUUUAACAGAAAUUACAUACAUGAUACAGGAGGUGUGAUUGAAAAAAAAAGAGAGAGAGAGAGAGAGAGAGAGAGAGAGAGAGAGAGAGAGAGAGAGAGAGAGAGCGAGCGAGCGAGCGGUGGGGAAAAGGAGUACAUCUUUGCAAAGAUGAGCUUGUUGUCUGCCAUAGACACCAGUGCCUCUGUGUACCAGCCUGCCCAGCUCCUCAACUGGGUUUAUCUUUCUUUACAAGACACUCACCAGACCAGUGCUUUUGAUGCCUUUAGACCAGAGCCUAAUUCUUCCCAUCCGGAUCUCAACUACACCAAGACUUCUGCUGCUGAUUUGAGCGCCUCUCUAAAUUCCAACUAUCUGAACAACUUCUUUCAACUUCAGAGGAAUGAGGCCAUAAAUAACAGUCUGUAUAAGAGUGCCUCGCCCUAUGGCUCCCUCAAUAACAUUGUGGAUGGACUGAGCUCCUUGACGGACCAUUUCUCUGACCUAUCUCUCUCCUCGGAGCCAAGGAAACCCAGCAAAAGACCACCUCCAAACUACCUGUGCCAUCUCUGCUUUAACAAAGGACACUAUAUCAAGGACUGCCCACAGGCCCGCCCAAAGGGAGAAGGCCUAACUCCAUAUCAAGGGAAGAAGCGUUGCUUUGGAGAGUACAAAUGCCCGAAGUGCAAGAGGAAGUGGAUGAGUGGAAACUCCUGGGCCAACAUGGGACAAGAAUGUAUCAAGUGCCAUAUUAAUGUUUACCCCCACAAACAGCGGCCACUGGAGAAACCUGAUGGCCUGGAUGUCUCUGACCAGAGCAAGGAGCAUCCUCAGCACCUGUGUGAAAAAUGCAAAGUCCUUGGCUACUACUGCCGCCGUGUGCAAUAAAUAACGGAAAAGAUUCACUGCCCUGUCCAGCCGCUUGUCCUUCAGGAGUUCUUUGUCAAAGUGAUCUGUACAAAGUGAAAACGUGCCAAAUUGUAUCUGUUGUCACUGCUAAUAGGCCUUAAAAUACCAAUAUAAUGUUAUAUAUUCACCUGUGUAGGUGUAUAAUUUUGAAAUUAUAUUUAUAGCAUUAUAACUGACCUUGGCAGUAUUAUUAUUAUUAUUAUUAUUAUUAUUAUUAUUAUUAUUUGUAUUAUUAUUGUUGUUGUUCUUACCCAUAUCAGUUGCAAUAGAACACCUCACAGUGAUAUUUUGAUUUGUUGUUUCCAGAAUCUUUUGUUUUCUUUCCUGGCCAGGUGAAGUAAAAUCCAUUUAAAGAGGCCCGUCUGUGCCUUUAUUGCUCACUGGGACAAUAGCACAUUAAAUUAACUGUGAAUUAACCGAGCAGGAGUUAAAGAAUUGGUCCCCAGGUAGUAUGUUGAAUAAUGAAACUUAAGUAUUUAUUACUGGAGAGCUGCCAUGUCUGGGUUGUUGGUUUUGUAUGUUUGUUACUGUGGAAUUAUGUUGAUUUUAGCAAGGACAUGCACAUACCUUCUCAAACAGUGCUUCCCUUAUGAGCUCAGGAAUUGCUGUAGAUUUCUUAAGGUAUAACUUUAAUCCCAGAGGUGUGCAUCUGUUGGUCAGUUUUGCAAGAAAGCAAAUGAUCCAUGGUUAGAUAUGUAGGCUUUUUUGCAGCUUGUUACAGUUAAGCUCCAUAUUUUUGAGUUUUAGUUGAGUUUCUCAUCUCUCCCAUUUAUGAAUUGUAAUACCUUCACAGAAAUAUCCUAGAAAUAAGAUAAUCAUAAAGGAUUGUGUAGUUUUAAAGUCUAACAUUUAUAUAGUAAAGUUAUUAAUUUACAGUAAACAAUAUUAUAGUAAAAAAUACUUUUAUAUUCUUAAAACAGCUGUUCUUUAGUUUAGACAGCCCUAUGUUCACAGUGUAAUAUUAAAGGGACUGAAUCUUAAGUUAUAUUUAAUACAUUAGGGUAUGUGCAGGCUGACUACAACCACAUACUGUACACUGCCGGGGUGGGAAACUGACAUAGAAGAAAAUUAAGUGAAAAGUCAUAUUAAUAGAGAGGCUGAACUGAGGAGUGGAACAUGAAAUGUUUAAUUGUGAACAGAAGUCAUGAUUUGAGUUUCUAUACUCAUUUUUUUUUUUUUUUUUUAAAUGAUGCACAUUUUUUAAAAAUGUAAUCUAUUUGAACCUACAUGUUUGUCCAAAAAAAUAUUUUUUAAUAAUUCCAAUGAUUUAAAUUAAACUACAGGUAAUUACCUGAAAUAAAUAGAAUUAACAACGGUACUAACAAUUACAUAAAUGCAUGGCAAGUUGCUUAGAAAUCCUCAAAAAAAAAUUGUGAAAAAAUGCUAAUAAUUUUGUAUUAUUUAUUUCAAAUUACUGUUAAUUACUUUGCAUUAUUAAGAAUUGCAGUACACAUGACAUAGACAUAUUAAUGUACUACUUUUUUAUGUAAAUUUUUUUUUCUUUAAGUGGUAUUGGCAUUUUUGUAAAGGCAAAAAGUGAGGUGAGAUGAAUGUAUAGAUGGGUUUAGCUACUCAGUGCGAGCGGUGACACAACGUUUGAACUUGAAAUGCAUCUUGUAUGGUUAAGCCUUUAUAACCAAUAGGCAGAUUUGUUUUAAAGGUCACAACAAUGUAGUUGGUGUCAACACACGUCCAAAAUUACAUCUUUGAUGCCAGGAUGCAGGGAUAGGUGUUCUCUAUUAUUUCAUGAUUGAAGUUAAAUAGAGCACUGCACUGCAUCUCUGCACAAAGGGCUUUUAUAACAAUCUUGUUUAAGUCAUUUAAAGUUAAUUAUAAGAAUCCAGGCAUUAUUCCAUUUUUUUUUUUUUUUAUUGGAAACUAGUAAAAGAGGGGAACCUUCCUUUAAAGCCCAUGGCAUUUAUGGGGGCAUUCUUAACAAGUAAAUUUUAACAGACAUUUAUAAAUACAUAGUAAUGUACUUUUUUUUUUUUUUUUUUUUUUUUUAAUUAAUAUGGGAAACUAAACUUGAAAUACUUACAAUAUGUUAAAUUCUACUUGUGUAUGAUGUUUCAAAGAUAUUCCUGUUUAUUAUAAUGAUCCUCAGCUAAAGCUAAAACUAAAAUGUAAGAUAUGGCUCGGUUGUGAGUACUGAUAAGGAUGAUUUGGAAGUAUGUAGAAUCAUUAUCUCUUCAGUAUUUUAAGUAGUAUGCAAAACUGGUACAGACAAUACUGCUAAAAACAUUGAGCCCAGCUAAAAUUUCACAAGCAGACGUGUAGAAAGAGAAUGACAUGCAAUACUUUUACAUUUCAAGUACUGAAAUGAUAAGCUGCCACAAGUUGGCAAAAAUAGAGACAACUAGUAAAUGUAAUUUGUAGACAGCUCAUGGUGAACUUUACAAAUGACAGGGCUAUACAGGGGUUCUUGUAACAUAUCUGUAACAAAACAGCUAUAGUCUGGGGGCUCCCGAGUGGAGCAUCCAGCAAAGGCACUCUGUGUGAGUUCACCAUGAGCUGUCUACAAAUUACAUUUACUAGCCUGGACAUCGUGGGUUCAAGCCUGGCCUAUUCCACAGCUGACUGUGGACAGAAUUUCCCAGGAGGCAGCACUCAGUUGGGUGGGCAGGGGAGCCAGGGUGUCCUCAGCUCACCACACACCAGCAGUCUGACGAAUGUGAACAUUAACCCUUUGCAGACCCAAAUAAACUUUAGCACAGUUUUAAUACUCUUAGCAUUAAAAAAAUACUCCCAUUUAAUUGAAAGUGGGGAAUAGUGUUGGCAGAUUCCUCCUGGAAAAAAAAAAGAGAAAAAAGUGAAUUUACAGUAAUUGUGUACUUAGGAAUCCUGGAUAAUGCCCAGAGCUGGCAAUUCAUGGGUUAAAAAUCUGGCGUGUGAGUAUGAGGGGAGUGACAUAGUAGAUGUGUGCAUUUGCAGUGUUGAGCUUCACCUGACGGUGACUGAUAGUUCAAAGUGAUGAUGAUAUAAUGGGUGCAAGAUGAGGAAAGAGAAAAUGAAUGUGAUGGCACAAUGCAUGAAUGCUACUGAUGCCUUUGAAUAGUGAUAGAUUUAAACACUAAAUCAUAACAUCUUCUGUAAGGAAAAAGUACUUUUGUAACUCACCUCUGACUGCUAAACAGAGCUUACCCAGCUAUACAAAUCAUUUUUCUUUAACACUUUUAUAUACUUGAAUAUCUGACUUGCAUGUUAUACUUGCUUUGUGUCCAUUUCCACUUAGAUUAGUUGACUUGGCAUGCUCUGGGAAUUCUGUGUAAAUGCACCAUAGGGCGAAUGUGUCUCGACAACUGAUUAAACCAAACCUGAGAAAUCAUGCAAUCAAAAAAAUAUAUAUAUAAUCAGAGGAAGAUUCUCAUAUGAUAACAUUUGUUUUACAACUUUUGUUUGUGCUAAUAUAAUCUUAUUUUUUAUCAUAUUCCCCCAUGUUGUUUAGAUGUAUAGAAUACCAUUUCAGUGCUUUGAGAAUUAACCUUACCUGGGUUUCUUGUUUCUUGUUUAUUGUUACAGUACACCCAUGUAAACCAUAAGUUUCAGUUUCAGGAGAAAGUGAAUACAGUGAAAAACUGCUGUGAUUUGUAAGAGAGCUUUAAAGGGGACAAUCGCAUGUAGAACUAGAACUUUGACAUAUACCUGUUUAUUAAGAUGCAGAUGUAUUUAUCUUGUGUUACAUGUGAUAUACUUGACUUACAGUUCCUUUUGCGUUUCAAAGUUUAUAACCCAUUUCACACAGUAUAUUAUGUGUGUAUUUUGGAAACCUUUCUAGAUGUUAAAAAUGUUAAACGGUUGCAAAUGAUAAAAGUUCUUUCCCUUAUGUAGAUAUCUUUGCAACGACCUUUCAUUGUAUAUAUUCAAAGGCCACCAUUUUUUAAAAGGAUAUUAAUUAUUUUAAAAUGUUAUUUGAUGUGUCAAAUUUGUUUUGUUUGUUGAAAAGGGCCUUUUUAUUGGCAUACAAACAAAGCCGUGAGUUUUUCUUAAGUGCUUUAAAAUCUGAGGGGAUAUCCUGCAGAAAAUAUUUAUGGAAGGAUGCUUUUUUUUUUUUUUUUUUUGUCUGUAUAAAGUAUGCAACAAAACUACACUAAGAAGGAAAUAUUGAUGUCUACAUAGAAUAUUAUAUGAAGGGUACAUAAUUCUUAAAAAAACCUUGCUCUCUAAAAAGCCUUUUUUUUCAAUUUAGUUUUGUUUGGAUGAAAGUAUUAUCAGUAUUAAAUAGCCAAUACCGUAUAUUAUUCAAGUACUUAAACUAAUAUUAUAAAAUGCUUAAUGCAAUUCAUAUAUGUGUAUUUUGGAAAGUAUUGUAUCCUUUAAAGAGCAGUAUUAAAGUGUUAUUAAAGUUUAUUAACUAGGAGGCGUAAUGAUGUUUAUAUUCCAUUUAAAAUAGAUUAUUGUGGGGGCAUAGCAAUUACAAGCAGUAUUGAGGUAUGCUUUCAUCAAUUAUGGAACACAUUAAGUUGUUUAAGAAAAUGUUAUAUAACUUUUUUUUUUUUUAAGUGACACUUACCACUGUAUACAAGCACUAUAAACUGUGAGUUAUUCUAGUAUGCAAAAUCUACUUAAGCAAUAUCAACAAGAAACUAAUGUGGAUAUGUUAUUUUAAGCAUAGCGUAGAAACGUAUGUUAGACAUAUAGCAAUGAUGUGAGACGUAUGCGUAUGAUAGAAUGUGCAUGUAAUUUUAAAAUGGUCUAUUAUCUAUGGUUUCCUUGAAAUGUAUCCUUAUGUUCAAUGCAUUUUACUAUGCUAAGAGGGAGAUUUGCCUAAUGUUCUACUCUAAUAUAUAGAAAAUAGUAUGCCUUAUUCACUACAUUGAAUACUAACAUCAUAUAUUAUAAUUUCCCUGCUGCUUUUCUGAAUGUAAUGUAGUUUAAAUUAUAUAUAUAUAUAUAUAUAUAUAUAUAUAUAUAUAUAUAUAUAUAUAUAUAUAUAUAUAUAUAUAUAAAACAGCAUUAUGAUUCCAAGUUACCAGUGUUUACUUAAUUUUAUUUCUCUAACAAUAUUAUUAAAAUACAUGUACUGCUAAAAUGAUGUUGGACAAACGCAGAGAGGCUGGAAUUGGAAAUGUACAGGGUGAUUAAAAAGGGUAGGGCAGUUCAUAGAGGUGUAUUAUCAAGGGAAAUCAUGGCAGCAUAGUGGAGUGUACAGUGUAGCAACAGGAAAACUGCAUGGGGAUGCAGUACCAUGAGGUACCACAAGUGGGAACAGAGAGUACCACUAAGACAUUCUAUGCCGUUGAAAUAUCACUAGUAAUAGUGCACUGCCCCUUAUACCCACCAAGUUUUACUUGUAUUGCCCUGUCAUGAAUAUUAUCCUUGUAGCACCUUUCUUAACUGCACUACUUUUUAAAUCACGCUUUAUGGAGCUCUGCAAGGACUGUAAAACUCUGCUGUAAAUGUCCAUACAAUGGCAUUCUGACAUGUGCCUUAUUUACAGGUUAGGAAUACAGUUUGCUUAUAGUACUUUUUUAAAUUGCUGAAUUAAAAUAUGACAUUUU